GACAUUUCGGACCAUGACCUUGGACUGCAAACUCAUGGAGGAGACGGACAUUGACGUGGAGGGACAUACAGACGGAAGUGAAGAUGGGAAAAACGCAGGUUGUUCGAUGAUAAAUACGAGUAAUCCUGACUUUGAGCAAAGCGCUUCAUCCUUCUCUUCUGAAGCUCGGGAGGAGGGAGACUUUGCAGAGCGGCUACAGGAUGGUCCCGGCAGGAGAACCGCCUCGGUGAAGCCCCCGUACUCUUACAUCGCUCUCAUCACCAUGGCCAUCCUCCAGAGCCCGAAGAAGAGACUCACCCUCAGUGAGAUAUGUGAUUUUAUCAGCCAGCGCUUUGCGUAUUAUCAGGAGAAGUUCCCUGCGUGGCAAAACUCAAUCCGUCACAAUUUGUCUCUGAAUGACUGCUUUGUCAAAAUGCCCCGGGAGCCUGGGAAUCCUGGCAAGGGGAAUUAUUGGACCCUGGAUCCCAUGUCGGCCGAUAUGUUUGAAAACGGGAGUUUUCUUCGGCGAAGGAAACGCUUCAAGAGGCAACAUUUUUAUUCGGCAGCGUUGAAGGACUCCAGGGUGAAGGAGCGCAGCCUGGUGCCUGUGUUUCCUCUCCUCGGAGCGCACAGGAUGAGUGCUUGUCUCCAGGGCCAUGAUUUGUACCACAACCUGGGCUUAAGAAGUCGGUUAAGCCCCCACACGAGUCCCAGCAUCCCACCUGUAAGCAGCAUCAUACCUGCACUAUCCUCGCUCCUCUCCAAGAGUUUCCCCUCAUGUCUAACUUUUGAACAUUUCGACCCGGGACGCUGCGGCGCUGUCCCAUCUCUGGCUCCAAACUGCUCGUUCAUGCCUCCUGUCUCGCUGCACGGAAUGAUACCCAACUACACUGUUUCUCAGUUGUCCAAUGUCCCACCUGGGAUCAUAAAAAUUCCGUCUAAUUUAGUUUAAUGUAGUGAUGCCCGCCUGUCUUCUGAAUCUUCUUCCUCUCAGCCUGAGAAUAAACCCCAUGGUACAUUAUGUAAAACAUUCCGUUUUUAAUGAUGGCCUAAGCUUGCAAACAGG